AUGUCCAGCCAAGAUUACUACGGUGGUGGUGGUGGUGGCUAUCCACCAUCCCAGAACCAAUACCCUCCUCAAAACUAUAACCCUCAACAGCAACAGUAUCCGGGUCAGAGUCCUCCUCCAAAUCAGUAUCAGCCUCAAGGCUGGAGCCAUGACAACAAUCAAUACGGCGGGCAGCAGUACGGUGGACCACCGCCGUCACAUACGCCGAACUCCUACGGAUCACCGCCUCCGGGUCAGUACUCGCCUUAUCCGCCGCAACAACAACCUUACGGUGCACCCCCACCACAAGGGAGCCAUUCUCCUUACCCCGGCAGCCCGCCUGCUUACGACAAUCGCUCCGGCUCGGCGCAGGGCCAAGCCUACCCACCGCAGGGUUACUCGAAUCAAUAUCCUCCUCAGCAACAACAUCAACAACACCAACAACCGCCGUACCAACAGCAGCAACAGCAUCAGCAGCACCAACAGUACCCUCCCGGACAACAGGGUGGCGACUACCAGCACGACCCCAAUACUGGUGAUAGGGGACUAGGGUCAUUAGUAGGAGGCGUACUUGGGGGUAAGCAUGGGGGCGGCGCCCCACUAGCAGCCAUAGGCGCAGCAGCAGCCGCGCAUUACCUCGGUGGUUCUUCUCACGGAGGCAGCCACGGAGGCCACGGAGGUGGAUAUGGAGGAGGCCAUGGCGGAGGACACGGGGGCAUGGGUAUGGCUUCAGCAUUCGCUCCCGCUGCAGCAUUUGCUGGCGCCUAUGGCGGUAGCAAGAUACAUAAGAAGGACAAGAAACAUAAAAAAGAUAAGAAGCAUAAGGGUCAUAGCCGAAGCAGCAGCUCGAGCAGUGGAAGUAGCCGGAGCAGUUAG